AUGGUCAGUACUCGAUUUACUGUCAUCUUCAGUUAUGGAGGUAAAGGAAAAACUCGAACAAAUGCAGAAUUACACACUGUGAGGACAGUGGAGUGGAGUGGAGUGCUCACUGGGCAGCGGGAUAACAAAACAUGAAUGACAGCCAAACGGGACCCUGAACGCAACCUCAUCUUACGCUGUGUGACUUCAGAGGAACUUUUCUUAGUGUUUAAACUUUUGUGUCACCUUUGCAGGGCUGCAGCAAGCUGCUGUUGGGGGUGGUAGGAGCGGUUGUCGUCAUCACGUUAAUAACAAUCACGGCAGUUUAUUUAAACAAUAAAAGUAAGUCACAGCUCGGGCCUCUUUCUGCAUGGUGUCUUUUUUUUUUUGGUUGUGCCCGCUGCUGACUGUUGGAGUGAUGAGUGAAAUCAGUGAAAAACAACUUGUGCAACUUUAAAACCUAAAACCAAAAAGUGCCCUGCCCCUGUGUGUGUGUGUGUGUGUGUGUGUGUGUGUGUGUGUGUGUGUGUGUGUGUGUGUGUGUGUGUGUGUGUGUGUGUGUGUGUGUGUGUGUGUGUGUGUCUGACCUGUUAGUCUGUCAAAGUUGGAUAAAUUGAUUCUGCAGUGUCCUCUCUGCAUGCUGCUGAAGUAGCGCCACCUUGUGUGCAUGCUUAUUUCUGAGUGCACUGGUUUUUCUUCACUUCUGCCCUGGUUCUGUUGAAAUAAAAUCCACAUGUGCAUCAUUUUAGAGUCAGAUGGGACCAAAAGGCCUUUCACCCUUGAAGAUUACUUCAAUGACACUAUUAGGUGGAGAUCCUACAACUUGUACUGGAUAUCAGGUGAAGUACACCCCCCUUACAUUAGAUGCUCCCUCUGGCGAGAUAGAAUAUCAAUGUUUAUUUUGCAUUAAAAUAUGUCUCACAAGAAUAUUUUAUCAUCUACUAAAUCAGACACGGAGUACCUGCAUAAAACAAGAGAUGGGAACGUCUUCCGUCACAAUGCUGAAACAAGAGAGGAGUCACUUUUUUUGAGCAAUUUAACAUUUGUAAUACACUUUAUUAAAAUAAUAUGAUCACUUAAUCCCCCCAAAUAUAUCUUUGAAAUACUCAAUCCUGAUCUUGAUGUUGCAGGAGCAAGUGGAUGCUAUAGAUUACCUCCUGUCUGGAGAUUAUAAGUACAUUGCUUUUGAAAGCAAUUUCACAAAGGUGAGAAAUACUGGUUUCUCCGUGGGUUUGCGUGUCUGUCUUUAACAUUUUUUGUAUUAUAAUAUAGUUGUCAGUUUGAGUUUGAUAAUGACAUUACUUUAUAUCAAACCCCCAUAAAAAGGUGUUUUUUCUUUCUCAUUUUUUUGUAACUCUAACAGCAAUGGAGACAUUCAUACACAGCCUCGUAUUCCAUCUAUGACAUAGACCGUGCGUAAGUUGACGUGUUUCAUCUCGUGGAUAUUACAAACUUUUACAUGAGAAAGCAGAUGAAACUGUGUGUUUUUUUAAGUAUGAUUUUGGAAAUUCUUUGUCAGUGUACAGAGUGUAUUGUUUAUUAUUUCAGUUGAAUUAUUUUCACUUUUUCUCUCAGAACUUUUAUUACUUCUGUGAGUCUUCCACCAGUCAUGCAGUACUUUGUCUGGGCCCCAACAGGAAACAGAUAUGUAAGUUUACACCAUAAGGGAUGCUGUGACCUCACAUUGAGUUAAAAUGACUACUAUUUGUCUUCUUCAUCACUGCCUUUUAAAUUUACUACCUAUGUACUUCAGGAAACAUAUUGAUGUUUACAAAAACACAUCAGAUACUGAAAAGUAGAUUUAUGAAUAGAAUAUGUUAACUCACUCAAACACCGGAAACUAUAACUAAAAACAUUUACUUUCCAGGCUUAUGUUGUUGAUUACAAUAUUUUUGUCCGAUCUGGCGUCAAUGCCGAAGCUGUCCAGUUGACCUUCAAUGGGAAAAAGAAUGUGAUCCUCAAUGGCGUCCCUGACUGGGUGUACGAGGGUAAGAUUGGUUUGUCUUUUAGAAGAUAUGGGACUGUCUUGAUAAAUGAUGAUGGAUUUCUCUUCGUCUCCUGCUGUUUCAGAGGAAGUAUUUGCAGCCACCGGGGCAAUAUGGUGGUCGACGACUGGCGCACUUUUAGCUUAUGCAGAGUUUAAUGACACAGAGGUCCAGAAAGUGGAGUACUCCUGGUAUGGAUCUGAGCAAUAUCCAGAAACCGUUGCUGUCCCGUACCCAAAGGUUGGCCACUCAUGGAUUACAUGAAAUAUCCAGGUCCCAGUUGUUUCAGAGUAAUCAAAUUAGAUUGAAGCUUUCAGAUCAAAUCAUAUCCCUAAAAACUGUUUGUACAAACAACACAGAUAGAUUGUAAAAUUAGUAAAGAUCAGGUGAUCCAAUUUUGUCUUUUAUUCUGGUAAAACCUCCAAAUUUGUGUGAAUCCAAACUUCUCGUUCUAAUUUUUGUAUUUGUGGAUUAAGUGAAUUGAUGGAAAGGAACAGAUUUAGAGUCAAGUGUAGGAACAAAAUAUUACAUAAAUUAAUUAUGUCAAACUCUGGUGGGCAUGAAUGGAGUUUUUCCUGUUAUAACCUUACAGAUUUAGUCGACAGUAGGACUGUAAGAAGGAUUUUUAUCCAGUGAAAAUAAUCAUUAAACAGCUGCAAAUAUCAAGUAUAAAAUAUUUAUGUUAAAGCAGCUGCGAGGACCAUGCAGUUUAUUUUUAUUCUGGCGCCCUCUGUGCACAAGCUCUUCAGUUCAAGGUAAAAAAAAAAACCUGGAUGGGUUAAAUGAAUGAAAUUACAAGCCUUAGUUUUUAUCUCCUCUUUAUUACUCUGUGAUUCUCAUAUAUGAACUGCACAUGACUUCUUGCUCUUUACUUGGAAAUUUUCAACUUUUGCCUUAAUUUAAGAACCAUUUCUGUCACUCAGUUAAAUACCAGCUGCUUCGUAUGAACCAAACAUUGAAGUCUUUACUCCAAAACACAUGGUGAAGUCAUGAUUAAACAAAUAGUAGAUAUUGUGAUAGACUGUCCUUAGGUGUGGCUGGAAAAAGUGUAAAAUAACAGGAGGCUGUGUUUUGCAUCAUACAGGCUUUGUUAUGGGAUCUAAAGGUACUAAAAAGCUUUUAUCCAAAUCACACAAACUAGCAGGCCUUAAAAAGUUUUCAAUCAUUCAUAAGUCCGUAUGUCUUGAUUUCUGAGGUGGAGAAUAAAUAAGUAAUAAAGUAGCCUAUCAUGGUUAUUUAGUUCCCAGCUCUCACCUCCAGUCUCUCUCCCUCGUAGCUUCGACUAAAACAAGAAAUCUUGGAGUUACUCCAGACUUAGAUUUAAGUUUCCACCACCAUAUCAACACAGUUACCUCCUCUGCUUUUCACCAUUUAAAAACAUUCACAGUCCGAGGAGUAAUGUCAAAACAAGAACAUGAGAGACUUGUACAUGCUUUUACUUCCAGCUGAAUAGAUUACUGCAACAGUCUGUUUACAGGACUGUCAGAACAAGAUGUUCAGCAUCUUCACCAUGUGAAGACAGUGGGUGGAUUUAAACCUCCACAGGAUCCCUCUGAGGGGUUUCUGGGGCACAGACACAGACAGAGCCUAAAGCAAAGAUGUUCUGGGAUGGAUUUUAUGCAGAAUCUUUCAUUUAAAUCAAGAGGGGUAGAUGAAUCUGUGUUAUAUUCCCUUUAAUGCUGUAAAUGUCAGUAUUGUUUGGUUGUUGUCUUUUAACUCUUCACCAUAAUGAUUUUUCUGACUCCUUUUGUGUUGGCUGUAGGCUGGGUCGUCCCUCACCAAGGUGAAACUGUUUGUGGUUGACACGACAAAUCUGUCCCGCCGCUCUCAGGUGCUCCCCCCCGCCUCUGUGGCUUCUGGGUCUGUAUGCUCUUUAGUUUACGUCAUCUCUUAACACUAAAGGCAAAUCCAUCCUCCUCCUGUUCUGUCUGAUGUAAAAAUCUUGUCACCUUCUGUCACUUUUGCUCAGUGAUCACAUUUUGUGCUCAGUGAACUGGCUUACAGAUGAACGCCUCGCCGUGCAGUGGCUCACCAGACAGCAGAAUUACCUGGUCGUACAGUUUUAUGACUUUGAUGGAAGCAAUUGGAGAGAAAGUCAGGUAGCUGUCUGCUACGGAAAGCACAAGUGAUUUCAAAAUAGAUUAUUUAAAAGACUAACUGAAAUAAACAUAUCUGCUUCUUUCUAGAAAUUUGAGCAGAGAAGUAAGACAGGCUGGAUCGGCCAUGUAAGUUUUAAAAAGUUACUCCUGUUGGUUUUUGUACUGUGGUUUAAUCGUUCAACGAAGUAUGAAAUAUCUUUUUUUUAGUAUGUGCCCCUGCCUCUGUUCUUUACUGAAGACAAACUUAGUUUCUACAAAGUGAUGAGUGAUACUAAGGGCUACAAACACAUCCAUCAUAUAACAAACGUAAGCGUUUUUUUUCUUUUUUUCCUUUCUUUUUUCCUCUCAUAAUCAUGUUUGAUCAUGUCGUAUUAACUGAGGGUAUGUUGUUCAGGGCCAAGCAAAACCUAUUACCUCAGGGAAGUGGGAAGUCAUCUACAUAACCAAAUUAACUAAAGAUGCCAUGUGAGUGAUGAUAUCAGAUAUUUUUCAAAAAUAACGACAAGCAGAAAGGUUUUUUUUUUUAAAUAAAUGCAUGUUUGUCUGAUAUAUUUACACUAUUUCUUUCCAGAUAUUUUGUGAGCAAUGAGUACCAAGGCAUUCCUGUAAAGAGAAAUCUUUACAAGUAAGGAUUAUUUUUAGCGAAACUUGACAUUUUAUGUCUUAUUUGCAGUCAUUUUAUUGUGUCUCUGUGAACUGGCAUGACUUGAAUGAUGCAGGUUGCUUCUUGUUUGUUUGUCAGAGUUAUGAUUGGAGGCAGCCCCUCUGCUCCUCAGUGCCUCACCUGCGGUCUGUACGGGGACAGGUGUCAGUACAACUUAGGUUACUUCAGCUUCAACGCCUCGUACUACCGAAUGGACUGCUACGGUCAGUUACACAUCCGCAUAUCUUCAUAAGCAAUAAGUCACCCACUGUUAAUGUGUUAGAGAACAUAGAGGUUGUGAACUAUAUUUAGUUCUCUGGUCAUACAAAGGUCCUGAUCUACAAUAAACUUACAUUUUCUCAUGUUGUUUAAACCAGGACCUGGGUUCCCCCUUUACACCCUCAUGGACAACUCAGGGUCAAGUGAAGGUCUGUAUACUCAUGAAAUCAAAUACGUUCAUACCCAAUGCCUAUAGAUGAAAUAUCAUCAUUUAACAAAUAAAACCACAUCAUUUAUGUUUCAUAUAAAUCUGCCAAGUUGUAAUUUAUUUUUCCUUAAUUUCACUGGCUGAUUUGGAUGUUGGUGCAGAAGACAAAUGAGCUUAAGCAACCACGGGUUUGGCUCAUUUGGGUUCUAGAGAAAGUGACUACUUUAACUUUCUUGUGUUAGCCACAAGCCUGCCAGUGAUGAUGAUGAUGAUAAAGUUGAAGCUCUUAAUAGUUUUGGUGGCAUAUUUGAGAUGUUUUUGGUGCUGGUUUGAUUCCAGGUUUCAGUGAUCGUUAUCCUUUCAUCAAUUUUCAGAGCUGGCUGUUCUUGAGGACAACAAGGAGCUGGAAAAUGUUCUGUCAGAAUUUCAAAUGCCAACGAUGCAGUAUGGCACACUGAGGAUCGCAGGAUUUGGUGAGGCAAUAUCUAUAAGUGUGGCUCCUCUGCUUUGCAUGAAAAUCUCAUGUCGUGUGUUUUCUUCAAAUAGACUACAAAAGUACUCUAAUAUAACAAUCCGUCUACCUCUGCAUGUUUAAUUGGGAGUUUGGCCAAUUUAAGAGACUUUUUUAUGAGUAUUUGAUAAGUGCAGUGAAAAAAGGACUCAUAUUCAAGGUACAACACAAAUGAUAGAAACCCACAUUAGCCAUGUUAACAUGGGCAAAAUUUCUUAAUCUGAUUAUAAAUUUCAGGGAUCGGACAAUCUGAAUCUACUGUUUAUAUAGGUGCAAAAUCAAAUAAUCCGAUCAUGAUGAUUUUAUGUGCACCAAGCUUUAUUCAGAUUAGAAGCAUUUGGACAUGCGCAGAGUUGUCUGAUUUCGCUAAAACAACCGUAGAAGAAAAGUUGUGUUUACGCCUGUGCUGUCAACAAACCAACAAACGUGGUAGUGGCUCACUCCAUUCAAUUCGGGAGUUUUCCCCCCGUUGAAUGUUGCCAAUCCAUUAUUUUACUGUACCGUCAAAGGUUACACUGUGCGUGCAGAUCAUUACGCUGUAUGUACGCCUUGUUAUGUUACUGGAGGAGCAGACACGGCACCUGCGGUUGUGUUAUAUGCCAGAGUGUUAAAAAUGAAACCUCCUGUACUGGCCUCAAAAAAUAUGCCAAAGUCUAAAGAGUGAAGAUUGAGUCAGGUUAGAGAGUCACGAUCGGAAUGAGUGUUUACGAUUGGCAUAAAUCUCUUGAUCUGAAUACAAUUUCUUCCCGAUUGAGCUUAAAUGGAUCAGAAUCUUCCUAUCAACGUGUUAUCAUGUCACAUUUUUAUUCCAAUCGAAUAUUUAUUCCAACUAUUAGUGUCCCUUAAAACGCAGCCAGUGAUUUUAAGAUGAAGAAAGUUUAUAUAUCUUGUAUUUUGCUGUAAACUUUGAAUAAAUUGUGUUUCAAAAGAAGGUGACAGAUCGGUUUCAAAUGGUGGAUUUAAAUUGAUUUUCUUUCUUCAUAUCUUCCAAAUUGAGGAAACAGUUACCAUAUAUAUUUGAUACAUACCAUCAAGAAUUCAGUCAGGAAUAAAUCUGUCUGUUUUUACAUGCACACUUCUUUCUUCCUAAUUGAGGAAACAGUUACAAUUUUAUGCAUACCAAACAGAAUUCAGUCAGGAAUAAAUCUGUCUGUUUGUACACGUACACCCUCUUUUCUCCAAUAGAUAUGUGGUAUCAAAUGAUGUUGCCUCCAAAUUUCCAGAAGACUAAAAAAUACCCUCUCCUCAUCGAUGUGUGAGUAAUCAGUUCUUCACACUCUGCCUCGGGUUAAUUCAAAGAAACAAAACAAAAAAAAAAAACACUAACUGUUGUCUGUUCCUGACCUGUGCAGGUAUGCCGGCCCCUGUGAUCAAAGGGUGAGCUAUCGGUUCAAGCUGAACUGGGGCACUUACCUCUCCAGUUCACAUGAGAUCAUCGUUGCCAGUUUGGAUGGAAGGGGCAGCGGUUACCAAGGUGACGAUCUGUUGCACUCCAUUUACAAACGCCUUGGGACAUUGGAAGUUGAAGAUCAGAUAACAGCUGUGAGGUAAAAAGUGUCACCUCCUGGACUUCAUCAGCACUCUAAGACAGAGUAGGCAACAUUAAGCAGUCUUCAAUGAAGAGUUGAUUUGAACAGUGGAAAAAGGACCCAAAUGCAGAACAAAAAAUAAGAAUAAAAUAAAAAGCAACAAAAACUUACAUAAAAAAAAACACAUCAGGAGACGAAGGCUUUACACAUAAAAGAUCACAGAGAACAGGCAGACAUGCAUACACAUCAACAGGUGAGGCUAACGAGCAACAGGUGAGGCUAACGAUCAACAGGUGAGGCUAACGAGCAACAGGUGAAACUCAUGAGUGAUUAACAAAGGAGGGAAAACUGGGAAAGUAAAACUAGACUAGAAACACAGGGAAUAAACUACUACGAAAUAAAACAGGAAACACUGGAAACUGAUCUAAAGAAUAAAACACAGAAACAGGAGGGAAACAGGGUCAAACACAAACUGAAAACUAACAAGACUGGACUACAGGGGAACAGGAACACUAGGGAACAGAAACACAAGGGACAAUACACACAAUACACUCAAAUAAAACCAGGAGAAGAAAACUAAAUAAAAAGAUCAUAUCAGGAUACAAUCUUGCCAAUAAAGUUUGUGAAUUUUGAAUUAAAAUAAUGAGUGAUUGUUUUUGCUGUAAAAAAUGUUUUUGUGUUGUAGGAAAUUCAUCGACAUGGGUUUUAUUGAUAAAGACAGAAUCGCAAUAUGGGGAUGGGUGAGUAGCUCUAUCUUGUCACUGCCCUAUAUGUGCUUUUCCAUACAUGUGCUUAUUGAAAUUGUAAUAAUUUUUUGUCUUUAGUCUUACGGUGGUUAUGUCAGCUCUAUGGCUCUGGGUGCUGGAACUGGACUCUUCAAGUGUGGGAUAGCAGUUGCCCCAGUGGCCAAGUGGGAAUAUUAUGGUAAGCAUAUACUGUAAAUGUAUUAUUGUAAAGACCAAUAACUCAACAAUAUUCUCUUAGGUGCAGCUUAGAAAAUCAGAGUAUCCUGGAAAAGUUUAUUCUUUCCGAUCAUUUAGUUUAAAAAUUGAAAUGACCACUUAUUCUAGAUUCAUCCCACAAAGUCAAAUAUUUGUUUGAAUAUUGAUGAUUGCAGCUAACAGCUAUCAAAAAUUAAUCCACUAGCUCAGAAGGUUAGAAUAUUGUGGAAGAGUUCAGUUUCUUGUCAGGCAUUUCUGUCCCAUAAAAAGCUCUUGAGAAAGACUGCUGACUUGACAGUUGUCCUGACUGCUAUAAUGGAAUAUAUUAAAGGAAAGCUGACAGGAAGGAACUGAGUGUGUGAGGGAAAGGUGACCAAGCAACAGGGGUGAGCGCAACCUCGAGAGGGCUAUCAGACAAAGCAGAUUCAAGAACUUAGGGGAGCUUCACAAGGAAAGGACUGAUGCUGGAGCCUUAAGAGGAAAUGAACUAUAAGUCUGGUGGCCCUACUGUCAAGGCACUCCUGAACUAUCUCACCUAAUAGAAGAAGGAACUGGACUAAUGCUUAUUGCUCCAAAUUCUGUAUUCAGAUUUAAGUAUAUUUUAAGAUUAGUUUAGAAAUGAAGGUCCCAGAGUCUGGAGGAAGAUCAGAGAGGCCUGGAAUCCCCAAGGUGCUCAAAGUCCAGCAUGAAGUUCCCACUGUCUAUGAUGGUUUGGGGCACUAUGUCCUCUGCUGGUGUUGGUCUACUGUAUUUUAUCAAGUCCAGAAUCAACACAGACAGUCUACCAGGCAAUUUUAGAGCUCUUCACCUGCUAGGAAGCUUUAUGGAGAUACAGAUUUCCUUACUUACUUUAAAUGUCCAGUUGAAAGGUCCCAAGGCAAAUAACACAAAGACAAAAUCCAACUGGAGACACAAGCAUACACACACAUGGACAAACAGUGAACCAGCCAGGGCAGAGGGGAAGACAGGGACUAUAUAAAAACACAGGGAAACAAGCAACAGGUGAGGCAAACGAGACACAGGUGAAACUCAUGGGUGAUUAACGAAGGAGGGAAAACUAGGGAAGUAAAACCAGACUAGAAACACAAGGAAUCAACUACUACAAAAUAAAACAGGAAACAAUGAAAACUGAUCUCAAGAAUAAAACACAGAGAAACAGUGUCAAACACAAACUAAAAACUCACAGUGGGCGACAGGAGAACAGAAACACACAGAAAAUAUACUUAAAUUACAAAACCAAUUAAAAAACUAACUCAACAGAACAUAUCAUAACAGUGUAUUUGUUCAUUCAAAAUUCCUAAACGCCAAGUAAAAACCAACUCCACACUCACAGCUCAUAGCCUAAACCUCUCUUAAGCUGAAUUACCGCAUUGCACCAAAGGUGAUUGGUCUCCACAUAGUCAACUUUUUUAUCCUUUGAAUAAGCAUGGUUUUAUCCUAGCAUUUGUGAUUUAUAAUAUUAAUAAAGUUUUCCUUUGCAGAUGCAGUGUACACUGAGCGCUACAUGGGCAAGCCUACAGAGAACUCAGACUCCUACAAAGUAAGUAAUAGAAGUGAAAUCAAAAGUACAGCACAAAUAUGACUAGAGAGAUAAAGUGUGUUUAUGAAAAGGGAAACUUCUCCUCUGUCUCACAGAAUUCUUCAGUCACAGCCAGAGCCAAGAACUUCAAAACAGUGGACUAUCUGUUGGUCCAUGGCACAGCAGAUGGUUCGUUCCUCAAUAUGUUUUCCUAAGCAUGUGUGAAGCUCAAUUUCUCGCAGUGUACAGGGCAGCACAGUUAAGCCUUGCACGAAUGCACUCAGUUAGCUUUAAUGGAAACUCAAGCUUUGAUGUUCAGUCACGUAGUGAAAGUGCUCUCCUUUCUGUACAGAUAACGUCCAUUUCCAGCAAGCAGCACAGAUCUCCAAAGCUCUUGUGGACAUGGAAGUGGACUUUGAGGCAAUGGUAAAUAUUGGCUGAGGGAAGCAGGGCUAAUAUUGGACUUGUAUGCUGGUAAAAUAAGUAUUACUCAAAAAGACUUGCAGGAUAAGAGCCAUAAGAGCCCUGUCAGAGAAAACUGAUAUGAAAGGUGCUCAAUUGGAUAUAUAUCUAUAAAUAAUAUUCUUUUGUGUUUAUUUCAGUGGUACACUGACAGGGACCACACACUCAGAGGAUCAGCCUACCAUCAUACGUACACCCUCAUGAGCCACUUCCUGCAGAGAUGCCUUGUUAAUCCCAAACAGAUGUGAAAACUGUGACACCAUCUUAAUAGGAAAUUACUACAGGUUAUUUUUUCUGAUUUGUUUAUGUUUUUCUAUCAGGUUUGACUCUUGACAAUUGUUUUUAUAUGUGCGAUUAUGUUUUUAUUGCUCACACAAAUGAGCAUUUAUAUUUAAUCUUACAUUUUUUACAUACUGAAAGACAUUGCAUGCAUUUAAGAUAUUUAAUAUGGAGAUUGUGUCACCAAGAGCUG